AUGACGCCUGGUGCAGCACGACCAGAUGUUCCCUACACCCACAUCGGUCGCCUCUUGAGUGGGUGGACUUGUCCCGCUGUUGGGAGGCCCAUCCUAGGGGACAACUAUCCAGCUGGUCGUGGAACGCAAAGGAGGGGAGGAUAUGACGAGGCGGAGGAAGCGAGGUUCUGCGGUUUCCGGUCCCAUCACUUCCGCCUCCUACAUUCUUUCGUCAACAGCCAAGAGUGGACGGUAGCACGAUCCGUACCUGACUUACGGCUUGGGAUCGUCGGAUCCGUGAGCUCCGGCAAAUCGGCACUCGUCCAUAGGUACCUGACCGGCUCCUACAUGCAGGAGGAGUCUCCCGAAGGAGGGAGGUUCAAGAAAGAAGUCCUCAUGGACGGUCACUCCCACCUCCUCCUCAUCAGGGAUGAAGGAGGACCUCCUGAGCUUCAGGUGAGUUCCGUUCCAUUCUGA